CUCAUCACUGCUUCGCCGGGCGGGAUUUCCGCAAUAAUAUCAAGUAUGGCGAAGACAUACGACUAUUUGUUUAAAUUACUGUUAAUCGGCGACUCCGGUGUCGGGAAGACCUGUGUCCUGUUCAGGUUUUCAGAAGACGCCUUCAACUCCACGUUUAUCUCAACUAUAGGCAUUGAUUUCAAGAUUAGGACAAUAGAGCUUGACGGCAAGAAGAUAAAGUUACAGAUAUGGGAUACGGCCGGCCAGGAGCGCUUCCGAACAAUCACAACAGCCUACUACAGAGGAGCAAUGGGCAUCAUGCUUGUCUACGACAUCACCAACGAGAAGUCUUUUGAAAAUAUCAAGAACUGGAUAAGGAACAUAGAGGAGCAUGCAUCAGCUGAUGUUGAGAAGAUGGUCCUUGGCAACAAGUGUGACAUCAAUGACAAGCGGCAGGUGUCCAAAGACAGGGGGGAGAAGCUUGCGUUAGAGUAUGGGAUAAAGUUCAUGGAGACGAGUGCAAAGGCCAACAUCAAUGUGGAAAAUGCAUUUUUGACACUCGCCAGAGACAUCAAAUCAAAAAUGGACACAAAAUUGGAGGGCAACACACCACAGGGAAGCAGUCAUGGAGUCAAGAUCUCAGAGCCUCAGAAAAAGACCAGCUUCUUCCGCUGUAGCCUACUCUGAGGACCGAGGCCUUCGACACUGGCUGCCAGCUGGCUGGACAAAAAUGGACUGUGCUUGCUCUUAGCACUUCCUUCCUCUUCCUUCUUUCUACCCAUCCAUGGCCUGCCCUCCCCCCCUCCAGUCCACACAAACCAUUAUAUUCCCAGUAAGCCGAAGACUUCCCUUCUUCUCUUCCUCUUCGGAAAGCUUCCAAUGGUGCAUCUCUUCCAUUUUAAAGAGAUCUGUUGUUUUCAUGGGUCAGAGUGCUUGGCUGGUCGAGGACUCAACCAGGAGCAUUUUCCAGAUGUUCCUUAUCACACAAAAGACAGGCUCUUACUUCUGAUGUUUAGUCUCUUUGUACUGCGCACUUAAAUUUCACACAGCCGGUAGCACAACCGAGGAUGAGAAAUCAUUACGUUAAUGUCAACGUUUUGGGAUUGCAAAUACAGACAUGAUAUCUAGAUCUAUUUUUAUUAGUGCUCUUUCCCCCUUGAAGUUAUAAAUGUCAACUAGAGACUGAAAGGCUUGAACUUGGGUGAAACAGAGUUGCACAUGCUUUCAUUUUCAUUUCAGCAGUUGAGUGAGUCAUAUCACAGAUAAGGCAGUCAAGGAUCAGAGAGGAACUGGAUGUGAGUUCUGCUCUUAGCAUGCAGUCCUUGACAAUCAUUUGAUGUGACUAGAAAUGCGUGUUUCAUCUUGCACCGAUCAGUACUCACUGCCUCCAACGCUUUUUUCUUUUUCUUUUAACAUUUUCUGCAAUAGCUUUCAGGUGCUUGAAGGCAUGGCAACACAAAACUUAAAAAUGCAUACAACAAACAGAAUUUGUUCCUCUGAGGUUUAGUUCUGUCAUCAAAUUAUCAGCAAGACACUGGUGUGGUGUUUCCUGUCGUAACCUGCAAGAGAGGACAUUGUGGUGCGAAAGUGAAAAUUUGCAAACGCUGCACUAUUACCCAUUUGUAGGUGUUAAAUAAUCCUCCACAAAAAGUACAGUCCAAUAAAAUGGGGCUGCAAUUAACUGUUAUAAUGAAUUAUUAUGCCACUUUUUUCUUGAUUCAUUGUUUGGUCUAUUAAACAUCUGAAAAUAGGGGAAAAUGCCUGUUUCCUAAAGUCUAAAGUGGCCUCUUCAAAUAUCUUGUUUCGUCCAAAACCUGUAAACAUCAAUUAACGAUCGAAUAAGAAAAAGAAAACCAGCAAAUCCUCACACUUGAGGAGCUGGUUAACUAGUAUUUCUGCUUUAAAAUUGACUUAAAAUGAUUCCUACUUCGAUGAAUUUAAAGUGUUGCCUUUUUAUUUUGAUGUGAAGGUGUUGUAGCAGCUCUGAUUCACAGUUAAGCUAAAUGACGUCUCCGGUUAUUCGAUCAGCAAUUAAAAAGUCAAAAUGAAGUUUCGCACUGUAAGCCCCCUCUCCUGCUAUCCAUGCAGCUCUCCUUGCACUUUACCAGUAAGUCGUGUUUUGUGUGUAGUCUGUGCCAAGUGAUAGUUUUGCAAUACGAUUACUUACUUAUAAUUGUUUUGAUCUAUUGAGUCUUGGUAGUAUAAUGGGCAUAAUUUUACUACACCUACUUAUAAAUGACUUGAUCUCCUUUGCUAUGUCACUGCUAGUGAUCCACUGUCCUGGUAUCAGUUCACUGAAAAACAUUGCCCUAAUGUACUUUAAUGGCUAUAUAUACAUAUAUAUUUACAAAAAGGAAAAAGAAUUUGCAAGCCUCUGUUUCUAUGCUACCGCCCUGCCAAAUUGUAGUUUAAAAGUGAUUUUUCUUUCUUGGCUUAUCACAUGAACACUGGCUUGACGUAAACUGAAAGGUGGUCCUGUUAGUAUUAUUGUAUAUUGUAUCAUGUUUGUGUUUGAUUGUGGCCCUUUAGUUUGACAGCUAGGUGGCGCCAGAGGCACAGUAUGCAUUAUAUGUGACCACCUGAACUCAAAUUUUAAUCAGUAUUUAAUUAAGAAUGCAAGCCACAGUGAACUAGACGUGUGCAGUCUGAACAUGUACCCACUGUUUAACAUUGAUGUUGAGUCUCAAUCUAUUUCCAUUGUUCCUCGUGUUUCCCUACUGCAUUUGUUACUAGUCUGAAAAUCAGACUCCUAUAUGCACAAUAUCAAAGGGAGGAUCUGCUUUUGCUUGCCUGCACCUUGUUUUUUGCUUUGUUUUUUUAUGUUUAUUUUUUAAUAUCAAAUAAUUUGGGACCUCAUAACUACCAUAGCCAUUUGUCUUAACCGCUGAUACUCAGUUCUGUCAUAGGUGAGCUAUGCAUUGUGAAUCUUGGACCUGUGCAUAUUUCUGUAAUGUAAUUUUCAGACAUACUUGUAGACCUGUACAGUUGAAUGUAUGGGCUUUGUUUUUUGUUCUUUUUGUUUUGUGUUAUUCACUGAGCCAAAAACUCAUGCUCACACACAUGCUCUUGUUUGUAGAAAUGGCAUUGCUACAUCAGCGCGAGUGAAACUUGUAAUGAUGGCGAGAUAAAGUAGGAAGAGUCUGGAUGUUGAAGGUUGUUGGAGGUAGUGCUGUUUUGUCUCAUUCGAGUCAUGCUGUAGCUUUAAGUCAAACAGAAACAUAGGAAGCAGACGUUUGUGGGAAUCAAGCUGUAUCAUUUCCAGCUCAAAUGAUACUCCCUCUUUUUUGAUUUUGUUUUUAAAUCAUAUCCUUUUCUUAAGAUUCCUAUCAUGUUAUAAUAUACUGUACAUCCCUUUUUACAGCCAUAUUUUCAUUCCAUCGAUUUGUGAAGUAUACAGGGAGAAUAAUACAUUUUGAAAGAAAAAAAAAGUGGGAAAAAAAAUACCAUUGUAAAUAUCACAUUGAAAAAAAAAAGAGAUCUACUUAAAUUGUACUGUACUUUCUAAACCCAUAUGAAAAUGUAUCUACAAUUUGUAGAUAUGUGUACUUUUGAUUUAAUAAAAUGAGAUUAUAAAACUUCA